CCCAAGCUGUUCAUCAUGCUGCCACCCAAGAGGUUUCCAUUUCCCUUCAGACUAGGGACUGAUAUAUGUCAAAUUUCCCGCAUCUACCGGAUUCUGGCCAAAGACAAGGAGGCGAGAUUUCUUCGUCGCAUCCUGACUAAGAAUGAGCGCCUCGCAAUCCCCGCCUCCCUGAUGUCGACUGAUGCAUCAGGGACGGCGGCCGAAGUGUCCAAAGACGACGACUUCCAGGCGUUGAAGGAGCGCAACCCGCUAUUAUGGAAGAAGGCUAGCUUCUUAGCUGGGAGAUUCGCAGCCAAGGAAGCGACAUUCAAAGCCCACCCCACGAGGAACCUAACAUGGCACGACAUCACCAUCGUCCGAAAGCGAUUCGAGCAGCUGAGGGAUAUUGAAGGGCUAAAGAAUACCAAGGCACAGGGAAAGGAGGAGAACAAGAAGGAGGUGGAGGAGGAAGAAGGACUGAAAGCAGUCGAGGGCGAGGCAGAGGAAACCAGCAGCACAACGACACCCGCAGACGACGAGUUCACCAACAACGGAAGCGGUCCGCCCGUCGCUAUCGUGCGCAGCAAAUGCGAUGACAUGCCCGACCAGGAGGUGCUCGUGUCCAUCAGCCACGACGGGGACUACGCCACGGCCGUCUGCAUUGGCUUCCCCCGCGAGGAGGCACUCGCCCACGCCGAUGGCCUGGGCCCCAAGGAGAAGAAGGGCCCCAGGAAGAAGCAUGAGCGUCGCGUGCGCAAGGUUGAGGAUACGGUGGAGGAUCAGCUGAGUUAUAAGGAGUUCAAGGAGUUCAAAGAGUUUAAAGCCUGGAAGGUGAGGGCCGAGAGGAAGGAGGCUAAGCAGGCUAAGGGGAAGGAUGGAAACGACGGUGUUGCGGAGAAGACCGAAAACGUCACGGUUUGAGAGGGAGAGUCAUUGACAAGAGAGACUCCAUGUAUAUCAAAAUAGGAGAAAAGGUAUGAAUAUGUAAAAGGUGGCGGGAGUAAAUACCAUGUUAACAUGUUGUAGUAUUGGUUCUUGUACUUCUUUAAAGUGCCACGAGACCGUAAGAAUAUAUCAAAGAACCCAAGAAUACAGGAUCCUAACCCGACAUUCUAACCCCAUCACCUUUUGCAAGUACGAAUGUACUAACAAGGCUCUCGUCUCGUGAUGGUGUAGAUGUGAAGAUUCGGGACAGGCGCCACUUUGUCUAAUUGUUUUGAUUCGCGAAUUUGGAGUUUCUUUAACCCUUUUGGAUGUAAGGUUUCUGUCUUCACGGAGUGCCAUUCAUUAGGGCACACAUAUAAUAAAGGUAUCAUCAAG